AGGUUGGAGUCAGGGGUCAGGGGCUUUGGGUAGUGAUCGAAAGAAUUAAGAGGUGGAAAUGAGUUUUCUUCGCAGGGUGGCUGGGCUCUCCCUCAGAGAUAGGUUGAGAAGUGAGAAACUCAGUCAUUCGGGAGGGGCUCAGAGUAAACCUGCUGCUCCUUCACAUCAAGAGGAGCCAGUUGAGCUGUCUCAGGCAUCUAGUUAGGAUGCCUCCUGAACGCCUCCCUGGUGAGGUUUUUUCAUGCACGUCCAACUGGGAGGAGACCUAAAGGAAGACCCAGGACACGCUGGAGAGACGAUGUCUCUCAGCUCGUCAGGGAACGCCUUAGGAUUCCCCCAGAGGAACUGGCCCAAGUGGCUGGGGAAAGGGAAGUCUGGGUCUCGCUGCGAAGGCUGCUGCCCCCAUGACCCGACCCCGGAUAAGCAGACAGAAAUUGAUGGAUAGAUGGAUGUUUUGCAGAAAAUUAAAAAAUGUUUUACUCUAUCCAACACAAGUUGUUUCUGAUCAUUUUAGGUAUUUUGUACAGCACUUUCACUGAUAUUUCUGAUAUUAAGAUUCUUAUGGUUUUAAAAGUUAGAGACAAAGCAGAGUUUGAAAUAAAUAGUUUGUAAAUGUCGUUUUUGCUACAGGAAAUCAUGAGAAUGUUGUGGCUUUGUCGGAUUUGCCAACUCAGAGUUUCUGAUUCAACUGGAAUUCACCUCCAGGAACUGCUAUAAAAAUAGAUAAUCAGCUGUUUCACUGUGAAAUAUCUUUAAAUAAGCACUGGAAUCAAUCUACCAACUCAGUUACACAAGAAAGACUACCUACCCAUCAGUAAAAAAAACCACCCAACAGAUAUUCACUUACAACACUUCACAUUUUUGCUAGUUUUACCAGGAAAAGUGUAAUUCCUCAUGAAAAGACAGCACAUGAGCAAAUGCAGAAAAUAGAUGCUGCUGCAGUAGAAGAGAGAGGCAUGUGUGAACAGGAGUGAGGAGAAACAGAUGCUGGCACAGCAGAACCGUCUGCUAAACCCCACUCUCGCCACAGCUCCUCCUCUUUCCUACCCCUCAGUCACUGCCUCACUCACUCCCAAACCUUCCACCCCUGUGUGACCACACAGGGAGGCUCGUGAGUCAAAGUCAGGAACGUUUUCCUGUUGUUUGUCAUCAUUCCAUGGAAUAGGAUCACUGUUCUCCUCAAAGGUUCCUGCCCUGAUUUGGAAUAUGACCGUGGAGCUCUCUGGACACCUUUCCACUCAUCUCUCCUGGGGAUUACCACAGGAGUAGUGUGUGUGCGUGUAUGUGUUGUACUUUUUGCACCUCAAGCAUCACGUCAGCUCCGCUCCGGAUGUUGUUGAGUCUGAAAGAAGACGUGGAUCACGAUGAAAGGGGGGCAGCACCAGCGAGGGUGUGGGUGUCAGCACCUGUUCAGGAAAGUUCUCCGUUCCUGUAGCUGCUGCUUUGUCCGAGGUCGAGCUGAGUCCUACUCUGCGGCAGGAAGCGAAGGCAGCACCACCCCAUCAAUGGGAUCCAUGCCCCACCAGGCCUCAGGCAGCACCAGCCCCUGCUCACACUCCUCAUCUGGAGGAUCCCGGCACCCCGUCAGCGCCCUGAAGAAAUGGCUUACCAACCCCGUCCGAAAGCUGAGCUCUGAUCCCAGAGGUGGAGCGGCUAAAGCCGAGAAGCAGAUGUUCACAUCGGAUGAAAAGGAAGCGCCAUCAUCUCCACCCAACAGUGGGGUUCAGCAGAAGUCUCUGGAAAUGAACAAAGACACCAAUCUGUCAUCUGAAAACACGGAGUGGAAAAGUCCAACGGCUUCAACACCUUCACUGGAGACUCCACAGGGAGACUUAUGUGACCUGCAAAGCAGAAACCCACAGAGUCUGAUUCAGAUAGUCAGCCCCAACCCUCAUCGUGGAGAGGACGGCCGUACACCGGCUGAGGACUCAGCCAGUCAGUGCUCUGCAGUGGACAGUGAUGAGGACAGAAACAUGGCCUUGGAGAAGAGCUUAUAUGUCCUGGCAGAGCUGAUAGAAACAGAGAGGCUGUAUGUUGAAGACCUUGGUCUCAUCGUCCAGGGCUACAUGACCGCAAUGGCCAAUCAGGGAGCUCCAGAGGACAUGAAAGGGAAGGACAGAAUUGUGUUUGGUAACAUCCACCAGAUCUACGACUGGCAUAAAGAUUUUUUUCUGGGAGAACUGGAAAAAAGUGUGGAUGAUCCAGACAGCCUGGCUAAGCUAUUUAUCAAACAUGAACGACGACUUCACAUGUACGUCGUUUACUGCCAGAACAAACCCAAGUCAGAAUUUGUUGUCUCAGAAUACAUUGAGACUUACUUUGAGGAUCUCAGGCAGCAGCUGGGUCACAGGCUGCAGCUCAAUGAUCUCCUGAUCAAACCCGUCCAGAGGAUCAUGAAGUAUCAGCUACUCCUGAAGGACUUCUUAAAAUAUUACAGCAAAGCUGGGAGGAACGUUGAAGAGCUCCAGAAAGCUGUGGAGGUGAUGUGCUUUGUGCCAAAACGCUGUAAUGAUAUGAUGAAUGUAAGCAGGCUGCAAGGCUUUGAGGGAAAAAUCACAGCUCAAGGGAAGCUUCUCCAGCAGGACACCUUCUCCGUGAGUGAGCAGGAUAGCAGCAUCCUGUCCAAAGCCAGGGAGAGGCGGGUGUUUCUGUUUGAGCAGCUCGUCAUUUUCAGUGAGCCACUUGAGAAGAAAAAAGGGAUCCCUUUGCCAGGGUACACUUUUAAAAACAGCAUCAAGGUUAGCUGUUUGGGUGUGGAGACCCCCUCUGAAGAAGACCCUUGUUGUCUGGUCCUGACCUCCAGGGGAACCGACAGCAGUGUAACACGCUUUGUUAUGCAUGCAGUCUCUCCAGAAGUACAACAAGCUUGGUUCGACGAUGUGGUCCAGAUCUUAGAGACCCAGAGAAACUUCCUAAAUGCCCUCCAGUCCCCAAUAGAGUACCAGCGAAGAGAAAUCACAUCAAACAGCUUAGGAAGGAGCACAAAGUCUCCAGCUGUGUCGUCACCUGGCCUGUCAUCGCACCCCUCCAUGCAGAGACAUCACCAACCCUGCCUGCUGUCCCAUAACAAUUCUCUGCCAUCUCUGCACUCGCCUCAGCUCACCCAGUCCUCAAAGGACUUCAAUACAAGUGAUGAGUCACUUCGAGCAACUCACCCUCCAUUUUCCUCACAACAGCAGCUCAGUUUGUACUCAGAGGUGAAACGAAGCUGUGACACAUUCAGCACCGCGUCACCCUGCACCCACCACCACCAAAAGGUUGUGACAGCCAGUUUCCAGACUAUCGCAUUUUGUGAUGGCGCACCUUACGCAGCCCGCCGACCCAACAGCUUGGAUCAGCUGGAGGAGAGCAACCAGCACUGACCCUCGGUGACUCCAUUCAACUCUGUGCAGACGUGAGCAAAGCUGCGGUGUUUCAACUAACUGUGUCGCAGGCCUUUCUGUGUUUGAUUUUGUGUAACGUUAACAUUUGAAUGUGCUUGAAUAACAGUGUGUGUGUACACAGAUUCCAUGUGCUCAUCAACAAACAUUUCCAGAUGCUGAGAUGAAAAAAACGUCCUGUUGCUUCAUGCUGUUUGAAUUUGUUUUUCUCUACUUUUUGACAAAAAAAAAAUUGACUGGAUGUUUUUGAUAAAAUGGCCAAAAUUGUCUCCAUGGACCCGUUUCACGUUAUUCUCCUCUGAGAACAUCUGAAACCCCCUGAAACCUUCUGAGCUCAUUACUCCAGUGAUCGUGACUUGCAGUUUCAUUCUGGAUCAGAUCUCAUCUGUCUAUCCCGUGCAGAUUAGCAGAGAGCUGUGUUUUCCAUUUGCCAGAUUAUUUAAACCCUUCCAUUGUGAGUUUGAUCUGGACUAAACACAUUUGAAACGCACACAAACCAUGUGGCACGAUCAAGCAGAAAGAAGAAAAGGGGUACAAAGAUCAAACAUCAUAACAGUGUGCUUAUGUAGGGUCCUUAUGUGUAGACUGGAAGAGAAAUUAUGUUCAGAUAUUUGAAUUUUGAACAAGUUCCCUUGUGUAUUUGUGUGCUGAAACAUGACAUGUAUGUUACUCCAUCAUAAAAGUUCAUGAGAGUCA